CCACGCUGGCAGACCCGUGAAACAGCGGGUCUUACAACAUCUUGUCUGCCUCCUCCAGAUUUGUGCUUUAAUGACACCUCACGGUUUUCAGUUUCAUACAUCACUCAUCUGUGGUGUGAAUUGCUUCAACAUUGAACACAAAGUGUGUGAAAAACGAGCUUCGACUUGAUAAAACAAAUUUAGCCGAGGAAGGAAUGUGGGUGUAUUGUUUUGGUUCCAGCCUGAUGGCCAUGAUUUAGUGAGUGAAGUCUAAAAGCUUCUCCCCUGAAACCAGCACACCGUUAUCACCGUUCAAAGAUAAUUUAUUUUAAUAAUAGUGCUGCAAAACUGUAUUUGGUAGACAGACAAAUACAGAAGCAAAGGUCGCAUGGUGUUCUUUUUCUUCACACCGAGACACAGAUGGAGUGGUAUGUCAGCACGUGAUCCUGUGGUUAAAGAGAAACCAUAUAAGCAAGUGAAGAUGAGUCUAGUUGUUAGUUAGUUGUACUACUCUAGACAACGAAGCAGAACUGUGACUGAGAAGUUAGCCUCCACAUUUCAUCACUGAAUCGGAUUUCAAGCUGUAUUUUCUUAUAUUCCUGUCCUCAACAUGGAUGAGCCAAGUACAACUUGGUCAAUGACCACAGCUGAUUAUACUGAUUAUUCUGCAAGUUUAACUGACACCACUGGAGACUAUGAUGGAUGGACGGCUGAAGGCACGGGCAUGUGCGACAGAAGCUGGGUCAGGCAGUUUCGUGGAAAGUAUGAACCGCCUCUGUUCUGGAUCAUCUUCAUCCUUGGCGCUGUGGGUAACCUGAUGGUUGUUUGGAUCUACACCACCGUGCGCAACCGCCUGAAAACAAUGACUGACGUGUACCUGUUAAACCUGGCUGUGGCUGACCUCCUCUUCCUGUGCAUGUUGCCCUUCUGGGCUGUCGAGGCCGUCAAGGGCUGGGACUUUGGCAUUAGUGUCUGCAAAAUAGUGUCUGCUACCUAUAAAAUCAACUUCUUCAGCAGCAUGUUCUUACUCACCUGCAUUAGCGUGGACCGCUACAUUGCAAUUGUACAAGUCACCAAGGCCCAGAACCUGAAGAAAAAGAGGCUGUUCUACAGCAAACUUGCCUGCCUGGGUGUCUGGUUUGUCUCCGUUCUCCUGGCCUUACCUGAGUUUAUCUUCGCCCAGGUGAAGACUGACCAAAAACAGCAGACCUCCUGUACUCUGGUGUACUGGAACAACGAAUACAACCGGACGAAGAUCCUGGUUCUGUCUCUGCAGAUCUGCAUGGGCUUCUUCCUUCCUCUACUCGUCAUGUUCUUUUGUUACUCUGUCAUCAUCCGCACACUUCUGCAGGCCAGGAACUUUGAAAAGCACAAGGCCCUACGCGUCAUCUUUGCUGUGGUGUUUGUGUUUGUUCUCUCUCAGCUGCCUUACAAUAGUCUGCUGAUAGUGGAGGCCACUCAAGCAGCUAAUGCCACUAUGACCGAAUGUGAAACUGUAAUCGGUGUCGAUAUAGCUGGACAGGUUGCCAAGAGCCUGGCGUACACUCACGCCUGCCUGAACCCAUUCCUGUACGUCUUCAUUGGAGUCCGGUUCAGACAAGACCUCAUGAGGAUCGUGAAGUGUGCUGGAGGUCUGGGCAAAGGAGGGCUCAGUAAAAUGCAGCCAGUCCCCAAACGUCCCUCUGUCAUGUCAGACACUGAUACUACCCCUGCCCUUUCCAUAUAAAUGCCCAUAUAUCCUAAAACCCUAAACCUGAGACUUGAGCCUACUUUAACAUAAUCAAAUUUUUUCGUUCUUCAUGCAUUACUUGCUGAUAGCAGAGCAAUAAUAACAUUUUUAACUUGUUAGUAAGAAAGUCUUUACAGUUUAUAAUUACAUUCAUAUCCUGACACAUUUUUUUUCUGGAAUCACUGUAUAAACUGUAUAAUACUGUAAAUACUUGUUGGGUUUUUUUCAAAGUGUUUUUCUACGUUUACAUUUGUUCCAUUGUGUAUUUCUUGUUUGCUGCUGUAACUCAAUAAAAAACAAUUAAAA